AUGCCAGGCUCAACGAUGUCGCCCGACGCCAAAAUACAGAUGGCCUACGACCUCCGAAGGUCGAUUCGAGAAUUGAGAGAUAGGGGUCUGAUGGUAGCUGCUAAAUGGUCAUCAGAACUCUUGGCGGCUCUUCCAAAAGAAUACCGUCAAGCUCCCCAUCUCCCAUUCUCCCCUCCACCUCAACCCCACACCCUUUUCCCUAAUUCACCGCCCAAUCGUCCUCGACCUUCUAUAGGCGAUUUCUUACCCUCGCCCGGUCCAGGGUCAUUCAACGCCGAAGCUGGGCCGUCGAGAGGCAGGACCUUACAUGGCAUAGAGCUUGAAGAGGAGGAGGAUAUACUGGAAGAAGAUGAAUUUCAGUUGGCCAGAGGGUAUUUCGAUUUAAAGGAAUAUGAUAGAGUAGCUUGGGUGUUGAAGGAUGCGAAAGGCAGUAGAAGCAAGUUCCUAAAGUAUUAUUCGAUGUAUCUGUCAGCAGAUAGGAAAGCUCAAGAGUCCCUACCUCAUUUCCUCGAUACCAAAGAAGAGCGACUCGCUUUGUAUCCAGCCUUAUCACCUCUAUUGACAGAUCUGAAAGAUGAGAAAGAUCCAUAUCUACUCUACUUGAGGGGGUUAUGUUAUAUGAGAUUGGAUAGGAGACCGCCAGCGGUGAAAUGUCUGAUGGACAGUGUGAGGAUGAAACCGUAUAAUUGGAGUGCUUGGAGUCAGAUGGCACAGUUGGUCUACUCGGCUGACAUGUUCAUAUCGAUGAAAGAGGAAUUACCAUCAUCAACCAUGUUGACGUUCUUCGCGAUAAGCUGCAUGCUUGACCUACAUACCGCAACAGAAUUAGUGAUGAGUAUGAUCAAGGAGCUCCUCGAGAUCUUUCCAGGGAGUGUACAUCUGAAAGCUCAAAGAGCAAUGGUAUAUUAUCAUAUGAGAGAUUUCGAGACUGCCGAAAAAGAGUUCGACUCGGUCCAAAAAGCCGAUCCGUUCAGGAUGGAAGAAGUUGAUAUCUACUCGAACAUGUUAUACGUUAUGAACAAACAGGCUAAACUUGGUAAACUGGCCCAUGAGUAUGCUGAAAUAGAUAGAAAUAGAGCCGAAGUAUGUUGUUUGAUUGGUAAUUACUAUUCAUCAAGAGCGGAUCAUACCAAAGCGAUAACGUAUUUCAAAAGAUCACUCAUGCUGAAUAGAGAAUAUCUACCUGCUUGGACAUUAAUGGGACAUGAAUUUGUAGAACUGAAAAAUUCUCAUGCUGCUAUUGAGGCUUAUAGAAAGGCUAUAGACGUAAAUGCCAAAGAUUACAGAGCAUGGUAUGGACUGGGUCAGGCGUACGAAUUGCUUGAUAUGCCAAUGUACGCUAUAGAAUAUUAUAAUCAGGCUACCUCGUUGAGACCAUACGAUUGUAGGAUGUGGACAGCUUUAGCUACAGUAUACGAAAACCUGAAGAGACUUCCCGAUGCGAUCCUAGCCCAUACCAGAGCCUUACUAGGAGCCGACCGAAUCCAAACUCCCACCAUCUUACUCAAACUCGCAUCUCUUCAUUCUACACUAGGUCAGAUCACACAAUCUGUAGGGUAUCAUCGAAAGAUCCUCGCUCUAGGUGAAAAAUCAGGAUUGGGUGUCGUCGAUUUAUCUCAGAGUUAUCUCAGUGUGGCAGAGUACGAAAUGAGAGAUUUACUUUUAGAUCCAGAUGUAGAUGAUGAAAGGAUGGUAGAAGACUCACCGGAGCAAGAAAAGGGUGAUUUAGCAUUGGCUUCUCAGUAUUUGGAAAAAGUAUCUAGCUCCAAUGCUCCUCAGAGAGAUAGAGCGGAGGAACUUUUGAGGGUCUUGAGAAUUAGAGAAGCGAGGAUGGCUGCUGAUUUGUAG